CUGGUCCCAUGAAUUCCAUUUCUUCUCCUCUGAUCCCGAUGAAUUCUCAUUUCCGAAUGCGCUCGUCGUCGACAACGGCCUUGAUCUCCUUGAUGACCGGGGGAACCAAGUCAAUUUCGUCAUCGAUCUCCCGCCCCAGCGCGUCGAGCAAUCCUAGUGAUGUUGAUGUAGAUGUUGGUGGUGAUGAUGAUGAUUUCCCUCUGGAGAGGAGGGUUGAGAGGAGGGUUUCAGGUUUGGCUUCCAACGGGGCUGCCUCCACUGUUGGUGGGGUUGAAGUCAAACUUGAACCCCACAGGGAAAGUGUUAGGCUGGUUCGCUUUGAGUCAAAUUCAGAGGACGAUGACAAUGGGGCUUUGGUUGUAGAUUUGAAUUCAGGUGAUGAGUAUGGUAUGGAUCAUGUUGAUGGUUAUGAUGAGGAUGAGACACUGAGAGAUAUAGCGGAGUGCAGGGGAGGAGUGAGAGAAAGCUGCAUCAACCAGAGGAACAAGAUGGUUACAGUCGUCCCAAAAAGAAUCAAGAGAACUUGGGAUGCAUGGAACAUCAGGGGGGUUCUCCUCUUCAGUCUCUCCUUGCAGGCCCUCCUCAUCCUCGUCUCUCCCUACAGAAAAGCCACCAAAAAAAGCUUCAUCAUGUUUCUCGUCUGGUCCGGUUACUUGCUCGCCGAUUGGGCUGCUAAUUUCGCUGUCGGUCUCAUCUCCGACAGCCAAAGCGACCAAAGCGAUCAGUUGCCCCGUAAUUCUACAUCUUCAGAAAACAGCGAUCUCUUAGCAUUUUGGGCCCCCUUCCUCCUUCUCCAUCUUGGCGGCCCUGACACCAUCACUGCUCUGGCUCUCGAAGAUAACGAGCUCUGGCUCAGGCAUAUGCUUGGUUUGAUAUCCCAAGCCGCUGCUGCUCUUUAUGUCUUCGCCCAAUCACUUCCCAACGGGCUCUGGAUGCCGACUAUGCUCAUGUUCAUCGCCGGAGUCAUCAAGUACGGUGAACGGACUCGUGCUCUGUUUCUGGCCAGCCUCGACAGGUUCAGAGACUCCCUGCUCAGCGAACCGGAUCCGGGUCCCAACUACGCCAAGCUUAUGGAGGAAUACGCUUCCAAGAGAGAGGCCAAGCUCCCAACUCAAAUCAUAUACAUUCCGGAGCCCGAUAAAGAUACCAAAAUUCCUGACAAGACUAUUACGCUAGACGAUGUCAAAGUGGUACAGAAGGCUUACAACUACUUCAAAACAUUCAAGGGGCUCGUGGUGGAUCUCAUCUUCAGCUUCAAGGAGCGCAACGAGAGCAGAGAUUUUUUCCGGCAAUUGAAACCAGAAGAUGCUUUAAGGGUAGUCGAGGUUGAGCUCAACUUCAUCUAUGAAGUUCUGUACACCAAGGUCCAAGUUAUCCAAUCGGCGAUCGGAUACAUCUUCCGGGCUGUAGCUCUUGGUGCAAUUUUAUCAUCCCUGGGAGUAUUCCACUACAGAGUAAAGAAGAAGGGAGUUUACCACGGUUUGGAUGUGAGGAUCACCUACACAUUGCUCUGGGGUGCUAUUGCCCUGGAUUUUAUUGCUCUGUUCAUGCUCAUUUUCUCGGAUUGGACUCUGGCCACUGUGGAGCUACUUGAUGUUGAUGAUGACUCGGUCAGUGAUCGGAGAAAAAAUUCGCGUCGUAUGAAGUUGAAACGUUGGGUGGUUUCUAUAUUUGGUGUCUUCCUCAGCUGCAAAAAUCCUUGCUGGCGCCCUUCUAAAUGUAUGGAAAACCAUAAAGUCCAGCAUCAUGUGCUGGCGACGCCCAUUCUGUUCCGCCGGUGGUCGGGAUCUGUCUCCGGACACAACUUGAUUAGGUACUGCUUGAAAGGCGGUCCUAAAACAGUCCAUGAUUUCACGGGUUGGACUCGCGUUUGUAUUGGAAAGAUAGCCCAAUAUACUGGCAUUGCUCUUCUCUUAAAAUGGUUUCGUGAAACGGUCUAUCCUACAACUAUUAAACCCAUCAUCAUCAAGGGAUUUCUUAAACCUAUGGCUAAAAAAAUCCGUGGUUUUUGGAAAGGCGUCUUCACGCCCGUGGGUGAAUUUGUGGAUUCGAUCGGCCUUACGAUCCGGCGCUGGACGGCUAAGAGACCGUGGAGUUCUUGGGUAGCGGAUAAAAUCAGCAAAUCUGUUAGGUAUAUCUGGAAUCUUCCUUGGAACCUUAUUGAUCUACUGGGUCUUCAGGAUAUCUUGGAUUCGCUAAGAUAUGUUUCCAUUGAUCGAUUCACGUUUGAGCUGUGGAGAUUCAUCUUCACUGAGCUUAAACAAAAGUCUGACUACGCGGAUGAUCCAGAAACCGCCAAGAGGAUCUCGGCCUCCAGAGGCGACUGGAUUCUGACGGACAGCGAUUCCGACAAUACCGAACGGAGAAAAUUGAUGCGGUACGUGACUGAUGUCAAAUACGACGAGAGCCUUCUGCUGUGGCACAUUGCUACUGAACUUCUCUACAACGAUGACAGAGAGAAAUUUGCUAGUGCCACUCCUACUAAUCAACAGACCAACAACAAUUCCGGGUCCGGAUGUUGGCCCAAAAAUGAAAAAAGCGAUGAAAAGUGGAAAGAGAGGGAUUUCGAUGAGUAUGAUUAUCGUGAAUUCAGUAAGAUGCUUUCUGAUUACAUGAUAUAUCUUCUAAUCAUGCAGCCUACGAUGAUGUCGGCAGUUGCUGGAAUUGGAAAAAUUAGAUUCCGAGACACUUGUGCAGAGGCCAGGAGGUUCUUCACCCGAAGGCGUUUGGGAGCAAAGGACCAAGAGAAGGCCUGUGACCAGAUUCUGGGUGUCAAUACAGAUGUUGAGCCGGUGCAUGUGAAGGGAGACAGGAGCAAGUCUGUGCUGUUUGAUGCCUGUAUCUUGGCUAAAAAGCUCAAGGAGUUGGAGAAGGAGGAGAAAGAGAGGAUGGAGAAGGAGAGGAAGGAGAGGAAGGAGAGGAAGGAGGAGAAGGAGGAGAAGGAGAAGGAGAAGGAUGAGGAGAAGGAGGCGAGAAAGAAUAAAUGGAAGCUGCUGAGCAGAAUGUGGGUGGAACUAAUGUCAUAUGCUGCCGCCCAUUGCAGGGCAAAUACUCAUGCCCAGCAGCUGAGCAAAGGAGGAGAGCUCAUCACCUUUGUUUGGUUGCUGAUGGCUCACUUUGGGCUUGGAGAGCAGUUCCAGAUCAACGAGGGGCAUGCUAGAGCAAAACUGGUUGUGGGUAAGUAGUGGAUCAGUUGAAGCUUGCAACCAAGCAACUGUGAUCUUCUUUUCUGUACUACCUUGUUUUAGGAUUGAAGAUGUUUUUUUUUUUCCUUGGUUAGUUGUAGAUUGUAUAUUACUCCCUGUAAUUGUGUAUUGUGUGGUUUACUUGUUGGUUUGGACUUUGGAAGGAACACAAUGAUAGUGUUUUUCACAUUCCAAAUUUCUUUUUGUGUCUAAUUCAUAUAUGACAAAAUGAGUGUGAUUUUCAUUUACUAGUUCAAUGGAGUAAAUCCAAUCAGUUCAU